AGUGGGUGCGUUCCCGCAGCAACAGGGAAGAUGGCAGCUCUCACAUCUCUCACCCAGUUGUCAAGUGGGAACCCCAUGUUUGAGAACUUUUACAGACAGGUGGAUCCAGGGAACACGGGGAGAGUGGGACCAACAGAAGCUGCCCUGUUCUUAAAAAAGUCUGGACUCCCUGAUGUUACACUGGGAAAGAUUUGGGAUUUGGCUGAUCCUGAUGGAAAAGGCUACUUGGACAAACAGGGAUUCUACGUGGCUCUGCGGCUCGUGGCCUGCGCUCAGAGCGGUCAGGAAGUCAGUCUGUCCAGCCUCAACCUCACAGUCCCUCCCCCCAAGUUUAAGGACACCAGCAGUCCAUCUCUGAGCAGCACAGUCCCUGCUGACUUACACUGGGCUGUAAGGCCAGAAGAGAAAAGUAAGUUUGAUGGAAUCUUUGAAAGUUUGGCUCCUGUUAACGGCCUGUUGUCCGGGGACAAGGUCAAGCCAGUCCUCAUCAACUCCAAGCUACCUCUGGACAUCCUUGGCAAGGUUUGGGACCUGAGUGACAUCGAUAAAGACGGACAUCUGGACAGAGAUGAGUUUGCAGUGGCCAUGCACCUGGUGUACCGGGCGCUGGAGAAAGAACCCGUCCCUGCUCUCCUCCCCUCGUCCCUCAUCCCUCCCUCCAAGAGGAAGAAGAGUCUGGGCUCGGUGGUGAUGAGCUCGGUGCCUGGACUUCCUGCCAGUCCUCCACCUCCUAAAGACUCGCUGCGCUCCACACCUUCCCACGGCAGUAUGAACUCGCUCAACAGCACAGGCAGCCUGUCGCCCAAACACACACUCAAGUCUGGACAGCAUUCACUGAACUGGGUGGUUCCUGUGUCAGACCGUGGUCGCUAUGACGACAUCUUCCUGAAGACAGAUGCUGACCUGGAUGGUUUUGUCAGUGGACAUGAAGUGAAGGACAUCUUCAUGCAGUCUGGACUUUCUCAGAACCUCCUUGCCCACAUAUGGGCUUUGGCAGACACGCGGCAAAUAGGCAAACUUUCCAGGGAGCAGUUUGCCCUCGCGAUGCAUCUCAUCCAGCAGAAAGUCAGCAAGGGAAUCGACCCUCCACAGGCCCUCAGCGCUGACAUGAUCCCCCCUUCUGAGAGAGGAACGCCCGUACCAAGUAUGUCUGGAUAUAUGACUCCUGUGGGAUCAGAGAUGGCUGCUCUGUCUGAUAUGAGAAGGGCGUUAAUGAUGCAGUUGUGGGACAGCUCCAGUUCAGUGGGUUCAGGCGAGUUCACUGGCAUCAAAGAGUUGGACGACCUCAGCCAGGAAAUAACACAACUACAAAGGGAAAAAUACACUCUUGAGCAGGACAUCAGGGAGACAGAGGAGGCCAUCAGGUAUAAGAGCGCAGAGGUUCAGGAGAUGCAGAAUGACCUGGACAGAGAGACGGCCAGCCUGCAGGAGCUGGAGGCUCAGAAACAGGACGCUCAGGAGCGUCUGGAGGAGAUGGACCAGCAGAAACAUAAACUAGAAGACAUGCUCAACGAGGUCCGGAUCAAGUGCCAGGAAGAGUCUCAAAUGAUCUCAACACUCCAAACUCAGAUCCACUCCCAGGAAUCGGACCUGCAGAGCCAGGAGGAAGAGCUGAGCCGGGCCAAGGCCGACCUGGGUCGACUCCAGCAGGAGGAGAAACAGCUGGAACAGAGUCUGGCUGCUGGGAAGAUCCAGCUGGAGACCAUCAUCAAGUCUCUGAAGGCCACACAGGACGAGAUCAACCAGGCUCGCAGCAAACUGUCCCAGAUUCAGGACAGCCAACAGGAAGUGUCCAAAAGCAUCGAGCAGUACAACAGCACACUGAACGGAACCCACGGAGGCAGCAUGACCAACCUGGCAGACAUGAGCGAGGGCUUCAGUGACCGAGAGAACGGAGGAUUCCCGGCCAUGAUGAGAGCAGCACAGGAGGAUCCGUUCAAAGUGAAGCCAUCAGUGUUCAACAAUCAGCCUCAGGAGCUUCCUCCUGACCCCUUCCACUCUGAAGACCCCUUCAUAUCCGACCCAUUCAAAGGUGACCCUUUCCAAAACGAUCCUUUUGCAAAGCAGCCACCAGCACCUACAGAUCCUUUUGGCGGAGACCCCUUCAAAGAGACGGACCCGUUCAAAGCUUCGUCCGAAGACUUCUUCAAGAAGACCACAAAGAUGGACCCCUUCUCCACGGCAGACCCCUUCAACAAAAGUGCCACGUUACCCAACAACAAGCAACAAGCCACAAGUCACUUCACGAGUGGUGAUCCGUUCUCUUCAAGUCACCCAAAACCCAGAGGAGCAGAUUUAUUUGGCACACUGGACCCGUUUGGCAGCAGUUCAUUCAGCAGCAGCAGCAACAGCUCGGGUGGAUUCGCAGAUUUCAGCCACAUGUCCAAGCCCAGAGACCCGUUUGAAGGCAGAGCCAGCUGGAUGCCGGAUUAUCAGAAGGUUCCUGAUUAUCAGAAGGUUCCAGACUACCAGAAGGUUCCAGAUUACCAGAAGGUUCCAGAUUACCAGAAAGUUCCAGACUACCAGAAAGUUCCAGAUUACCAGAAGUCAGUAUUUGUGGAUGACCCGUUCAGCAGGAAGAGCGACACGCCGGCUCUGCCACCCAAGAAGAGUGUUCCCCCGAGACCCAAACCACCCAGUGGUAAGAGCACACCAGUGAGCAUGUCCACCACAGCCGACCUUUCCAAACCGUCUGAUCCCUUCCAGCCGUUUGGCGGUGAGGCCGUCGAUCCGUUCCAGAGUAAAAAGGGCAUGGGAGACCCAUUCAGUGGCAAAGACCCCUUUGCCCCACCGUCGUCGUCGUCGUCAGCGACAUCAUCAAGACCUGAAAAAGUCAAGUUCGGGAACGAGGCUCAGCAGCUGGAGUGGGCAAAGAGGGAGAGUGAACGAGCCGAACGCGAGCGGCUGAAGAGGCUGCGGCAGCAGGAGCAGGAAGACCUGGAGCUCGCCAUCGCUCUGAGCAAGGCCGAGAUGUCCAACGCAUGACCUGCCGCCAACAAACAAACAAACACAUGCACCUCCCUCUUAUAUACACCCCCCCUCCUCGUCCCCCACCCCAACACUUAAUGACUCAACGUAUGAGGAGCAGAAGGAACUCCUGGCCAAAAAAACAAAACAAGAGAACAAGAACAAGAAGAAGAAAACUGACAUGAAGAAAACUGAAGAAGAUGAAGAGGAGGCAACCAGACGCACUGUGUUCACACUCGGACCAAUCCUGACACAUCAUCAUCAUCAUCUCCACUGUUUGUUGUUUCUCCAUCUCCACCUUCACUCAGUGCGUUCUAGAAGCUAAACCUGCUGCUAAAAUCAGUCGCUAAAAGAGAACGUACAUGUGUUUGUCAAGGAGAAGCUGUUUGUUUGUGGAUCUACUGAUGUCGACUGACGCAGAUUUAUGCUUCAGAAUCAUAUUACAAGAUCAUAUUAUAAGAAGACAGAGAGGCGUGUGGAGGAGGCUGGAUUUGGAUUUUCACUCCUCAGGAUGAUCUUUGGUUGUGUGUCCUCCAUGUUUGUCCCUCAGGAAACACUCGUCACUGAUCCACAUGUGAAGUGAGACCACUGGAAUUAGCAGAGGUUCUUCUCACUUCCUCUUCCUCUGCCCCCCCCUUCCCGCCCUGCCAACGUUUCAGGUUAGAAAUGAAAGUGAUAUUAAUCUUCUCAUAUGGCUCUUGUUACCCAAUAAGUUUUUUUUUUU